AUGAGAAAGGAACUGUGCAGAAACUUCCAGCGUGGAAGUCCGAUUCAACUUCAGGAAUCUAGUUGUAGGUAUGGGGAAGGAUGCAGAUUUCUUCAUCCACAGCAAGCUAAGCCAAAUAACCCCUUUGGGUUUGGUACACAAUCCAGAGAUCAGCAACCACAACAGCAACAGAGUAAUAGCUCGAACAACCCUUUUGGAUUUGGUGUACAAGGCGGUUCCAAUAGACCAAAUCAAUUCCAGCCUUUCGAGAAUAAAUGGCAACGAACUCCUUCUACACCUGGUGGUGGUGGUGGUGGUGCGUCUGCUCAGCAGACUGGUAAACAAACGCAGCAGGCUGACCAUAAAUGCACAGAUCCUGCUGCGUGUAAGCGGGUAAUGCAAGACGAUUUUAAGAAUGAGAGACCCAUGUGGAAGCUAACAUGCUACGCUCACUGGAAACACCUUCCUUGUGACGUUACUGGCGAUAUCAGCUGUGAAGAGCUACGUGCAGUGGCAUAUGAAGAAGCUAAACGAGGAAUACCUCUACCGUCUAUUGUUGAGAGGGAGAGGAAUUUGCAAAGUUCCAAAAUAGCCGAGUUUGAGAACUUUCUACGGAAUCCAUACACAGGCUCUGUUACCACCAAUCAAAGCCCGUUUGCUGCAGCGACUCCUAGUAUCUUCCCACCAGCUAAUCAGAUAAAUUCCCCUCCAGCAUUCUCUGUCUUCAAUCAACAACCCGCGUUCCCAAAUACCAAUGCUGGUGGAGUCAGUUCAUCUGGACCUCCGAAUCCCUUUGAACGGUUUAAUCAACAACCAAAUGCUUUCAGCGUCAACACUCCUCAACCUGUUCCUUCAGGUCCCUCUGGUUUUCAGAGUCAACCAUCAGUAGCAUUCAAACCAGCAUCGUUUGGACCUGGACCAGGACUCGCCAUGGGUCCCUCUGGUUUCCAGAGCCAACCAUCAGUAACAUUCAAACCAGCAUCGUUUGGACCUGGACCAGGAUUCGCUACAGCUCCACAAAACAACAUGUUUCCUUCAAUGGCUCCGACGUCGGCUCCCAACACUUCCCAGAACAAUCAGACAGCAUUUAAUUUCAAUUCCCCUGUUGCAUCUUUCACUGCUCCUGCUAUGGACACAACCAAUACAUCUUCCGGAACGGAGGUGCAAGCAGAAGGUGCUCCUGUUGAUACUAGCAUCUGGUUAAAGGAGAAAUGGAAUCCUGGAGAGAUUCCGGAGCAAGCGCCACCUAGUGCAUUUGUUUAA